CUGUUUAACCGGAAGUGUUCUAAUGACCGUCAGCUUAUGAGGACGAGUUGACGAAAGUUAAAUUGUUCGCGCGUUGAUAAGAACUCAGACAACAAUUUGACCCCUUAAACAAGGUUUACAUACACGUGCUUAGUGCCUCGCUCGACGAUCGAUCAUGUGGUACGAAAUAUUGCCAAGUUUCGCCGCUAUGACGGUGUGUCUCUUCAUUCCGGGAAUCGCCACAGCUCAACUCCACAAACUGUCGAACGGUGGGAAGGAGAAGCGGAUCGCCCGGGUUCCUUACCAGUACUACCUGAUGGAGAGGGACAAGAGGGUGUCUGGAGUGGGAAAACACUACGUCUCCAAGGGCUUGGAAAAUAUUCACUGAAGAUUCUGUGAUGAUCCUGACUUGUUUGCUCAUUUAAUGUAUAUUAAAUAUGUAAAUCUUGUGUUUAAAAAUGUCUGCUGGUUGUGUUUUAUUGGUUAAAUGGUAAAAGCAGGUGCUUUUCAGUGUGCACAAUGUGGAUGAUUUGUAACACAUUACUCAACACGCAAAAUUACAACCAAGAACUACAGGCUCAUGGGCUUGGCCUUUAAUCCCUGCACUACCUAGUUCUGAUAUUUGGUCUAGUUUAAUUUGAAAGCAUGUAAGAUAUUUCCUGCACUAUUUGAGGGGGGAAAAAAGCUAUGAAAUUUCUAGACUGAGUACAGCUUUGUUCAGUAAGGGCUAGAUGCAGAUAGCGAUGAGUAACUUAUUCUAAGAGCAAUUAACCACUUGAGUGUUACAGUAAAUUUAGGAUGGCCUGUGAGCAGCCUACAGUCCAUGGCCAUGUCCUAUGCACUCCUUUGAAGAAAAAUGUCCUGAUCUGUAGUGUAACAACUUUAUGUACAAUGUCCUUUGUUACAGAUUGACAUCAUUCAAGAUGAUAGUUAUACCUACUGUGCACAGUAAUCUUUGUACUAUUAAAGUUCAGGGUGGUCUUAAGAUCAAUGAGCAAGUACCUUUUCGUGAUGUUUUACUAGACACGAGAAACCCCGGAAAUGGUUUUCUGCAUUUGAUUUUACAUUCUAAUGAGGUUGCCUGUGUCUGGCUAUUACUUGCACAUUUAAUAAACCACAGUAAGCCAUUCCAGCAAAUUCACUAGAACAUUACAACCAGUUAGCAAUAGCUCUAGAAAGUGGCCAGCAUGCAGAUCUAAAUGAGUUCAGGGGGACUGUGUAUGAUCUGUGGCAAAAGGAAACAGUACUGCUAAAGACUGAAUUAUCAUAUGGGCUUAAUUCAUAUUACAGUAUAACUUGACAAUGUCAAUAGUAAAAACUAAGCACAGCAGGUAUUUGCUUGGCUUUGAGAUGAAAUCAGUGACAUCAAGACUACAUAAUUCAAUGAUCACAGACUACCUAACCAUAAUCAUCUUUGAGUUAGUGCUUAACUGUAACCAGCAGUUAUAUUAAUGGGGAUCAUUUACACACCUUACUGAAAUGUCUGAAAUACUGUAAGCCAACAUUUCUAUUCCUUUUAAUGUAUUGGAAGCAUUUAUAAGGACAAUACAUUUGAGCUCUGCUAGAUGUGGGUUAAAAUGUAAUUUAUUAAAUUUGUAAUGACAUAUAUACAAAAAUGACAGCA